AUGCAGGCCUCGAUUCGUGCGCUAUGGAAGGCGCGAACUGCACUUUCGUUGCGGGGCAUACCCUUGCGCUCUGUAACGUCAGGUCCGGAGUAUAUAAAUCCUUUUGCUGAGGGUGAUGAAGGCGCCAACACGACAGUCGCUCGGGAGCGCUUCAAAACGUCGGCGACGCAAAUGAACUCUGGUGUGGCUCAAGCUCGGGCUUCAGUAGCGAGCGUUAAUCGUGUUUUGCUCGUUGGGCACGUCGGUCGGGACCCCGUCACGAGACAACUCACAGCAGACGGAAGUACGGUGACGUUGUUUCCGCUGGCCACGAAAGAGUUUACCUCGAGUCAAAACGCAAGUUCCCAGGUGUUGACCCAGUGGCAUAAUAUUGCAAUCUAUGAUUCAAAGUUGGGAGAGAUCAUACAAAACGCCUGUCGCAAGGGUUAUCAAGUUUACGUUGAAGGCAGACUUCAGAGUCGUCAGUGGACGGACGCGAAAGGCGUCGUUCGCACGCACUUUGAAGUUGCUGUGAGUCCCUUCAAGGGUUCCGUGCUGAUUCUGAAUAAACCAGUCCCCAUGUCGGGCGCCAGUGAGGGUCACAAUCAGGGAGCGCGUGCAAACCACCAGGGUCAAGGUAGCGGAGACCAUGGAGCACCGAUCUCGUCUUCCUUUCGCAGGAAGCCGGACGGCAUCAGCAAGGACCUGCUUCCCGAACCUGAGGACAACACACAUUGA